GCGCAGGCGCGCCCUGAGGGCGGGGCUGAAGCGGGCGCCCGGCGGCGUCUGACAGACCGCGCGUCGUCGUCGUCUCCCUCCCUCCCUCCCUCCCUGCCGGCCGAGGAGAGGAGAGCAAGUGGGCGAGCGCGGUGCGGAUUUCCUCCUCCGCUCCGCUCCUCCAUCACCGCUCCUGCUCGGCCUAGUUAGCGGCAGCGUCGGAAUCCCGCCUCGAUCAUGAGGCUGAAGGGCCGCAGAUGCUGCGCCUCGGGCGGAGGCGACGCCGACGGGCAGCGAGGAGGCAGGGCGGAGGAGCGAGGCCCGCCGCUGCGCAGCCCCUUCGUGCACCAGCUGCGCCUCAGCGCCCUGCAGAAAGCCAAGAUUGCCUUCAUGACUGUGACUCUGUUCCCUGUCCGGCUGUUCUUUGCUGCAUUUAUGAUGUUGUUGGCCUGGCCUUUUGCGUUCAUUGCCUCUAUGGGAUCCGCUGAGAAAGAACUUGAAAAGCCUCUUUCCUGGUGGCGAAAGGUUGUGGAUGUCUUGCUGAAGGCAAUCAUGAGAGCCAUGUGGCUUGCUGGAGGAUUCCAUUGGAUAAAUGUAAAGGGCAGGCAGGCAUUGCCAACUGAAGCAGCAAUAUUGACUCUGGCCCCACAUUCCUCAUACUUCGAUGCUAUCCCUGUAACAAUGACCAUGGCCUCCAUUGUUAUGAAAGCAGAAAGCAAAGAUAUUCCUGUGUGGGGAACUCUGAUCAAAUACAUUCGACCUGUAUUUGUAUCUCGAUCAGAUCAGGAUUCCCGAAGAAAAACUGUUGAGGAAAUAAGACGGCGUGCUCAGUCAAAUGGCAAAUGGCCCCAGAUAAUGAUAUUCCCGGAAGGAACCUGCACUAAUAGAUCCUGCCUAAUUACGUUCAAACCUGGAGCAUUUAUCCCUGGAGUACCAGUCCAGCCAGUGAUUUUACGUUAUCCAAAUAAGCUGGAUACAAUUACGUGGACAUGGCAAGGCCCAGGAGCGUUGAAGAUUCUGUGGCUUACUUUAUGUCAGUUUCACAAUUUUGUGGAAAUUGAGUUCCUGCCUGUGUAUGUACCUUCAGAAGAGGAAAGGAACAAUCCUUCUUUGUAUGCAAAUAAUGUGAGACGAGUCAUGGCAAAGGCCUUGGGAGUUUCAGUAACAGACUAUACUUUUGAAGAUUGUCAGCUAGCAUUGGCUGAAGGGCAACUCCGUCUCCCUUCGAACAGCUGCCUCUUAGAAUUUGCAAAACUUGUGCGAAGCCUUGGGUUAAAGCCAGAAAGGCUUGAAAAAGAACUUAAUAGAUACUUGGAAAGUGCCAGAAGAAUAAAAAAGAAAAAAGUCAAUCUCAAAGAGUUUGCUGCAUACCUGGAAGUCCCAGUUUCUGACAUGCUAGAAAACAUGUUUGCACUUUUUGAUGAGAAGGAAAAUGGUAUGAUUGACUUGCGAGAAUAUGUAACUGCUUUGUCAGUAGUCUGUAGACCAUCCAAAACCAUGCAAACAAUACAGUUGGCUUUUAAGAUGUAUCAAUCAGAAAUGGGAGCACUAAAAGAAGAAGAUUUAACUUGCAUUUUAAAGACUGCCAUGGGUGUCUCAGACCUUAAUGUAUCAAACUUGUUUAGAGCUAUAGACAAAGAAGAAAAGGGUACAAUUACAUAUGAUGAUUUUGACAUGUUUGUAGAAAUGUAUCCAGACUUCGCUGAAGAGUAUUUAUAUCCUGAUCAGAUGGAAACAGAAAGUUAUUUGAAGAAUCCUGCUCCUAAUGGUUUCUGUACAGACUUCAGCCCAGAAAUUAUAGAAGACAGAAGAAAUCCCUUACAGAAGAAACUGAAUUAAUAACCACCAUCCUCUUCUGGUGAGAGGAGUAUGUGCAGUCUUGGACUUCUCAUAGUCUCACAACUGUGUAACCUGAAGUUUGGGGGGUGAUGUGUAUGAGCGUUGUGUGGGUGUGAAUGUGUGUGAAUGAAGAUCUUACUGCAUUGGUGAGUAUCUUCAGACUUCCUGUUGGGAAGAUCUUGUUUUUCCAUCAGCAUCUUGGAAAGAAUGUAAAUGAACUUUAUUAUUUGUGUACUUAAAAAGAUGCUCACUUAAUUUAUAUUCCAUUGUUUAGUUUCAUGUACAAAGUGUCCUACAAAGUGUGCAUGUAUAAAAACUAUUGUAGCUCCUA